UUUACCAUGUCGUAUGUCGUAGAUUCGUUGCAAGUUUUGCUACAGCUCAUGGCCGUCAUUGUCUGCUCAAGCAUCAGGCUGACCCACAGUUUCCCCGCAGCCACCCGCCUUGGACUGAUCUGCUUCCCCUGGCAUCAACACCAGCAGCCAUGGCAGAUAUGAUGGCCAGCGCUCCGACUGGACUCAAGGGAAAGCUCGCAUCUCUCGAGGACUUCAUCUCGAUGCAGAAUGAGGAGCUGGCCGCCCAGAGGCAGGAGAUCGAGAGCCUUCGCAACGACAAGACCAACAUCGAGGAUAGACAGAUCAAACAUGCACUACCAGGCGCAGCUCAUGGAGCUGAAGAAGACGAUGGUCUCCGACGUACAGCGGAUACAAGAGGAUGUCAAGCGCCAUUUCACGCAGCAGAAGGCUGAGAACCAGCGCCUGCAGCAGCAGAUCACGACGCUCAAGGCGGAGAAGACGUCCCUGCAGCAGCAGAUCCUGGGCCUGCAGCGCCGGAUCCAGGAGGUCGAGGAGCACAUGGGAGUGGACUGAUCGGUGUGUGGCUGUGUGCCGCGGUGUGUUUUUGGGGGGAGGAGGCCUUGGAAGAGAAGGAGGAAGGAAGGCGGGGCAAAGGUGGCACCGCGGAAGUCUAGGUGGCUUGUGAGCAUGGGCCUGGCUGCGUCUUUGUACUGUGCUCGCUAAAUGCUGCAAUGCUUAGGGCCUCAUUAUUCGCUCUGGACGUUUCUCCCGCGACGAAGGAGGCCGGUGCAGCAUCGGAUACUUUCACGUGCCCGCGACAUUGCCCUCUUGUGGCGCGGAUUGGCUGAGCAGCAAACGCUGUCUCCGUCCACGCCAGCUCCGGGAGUUCGCAGCUAUGACGCAUGACUCUGGCCAACACCUUCAGCACCUUCACUAGGGAGACA